GACGUGUGGUGACGUAAAAGAAACAAAAACUUCGGAUAUACCUUGGCCAUGUACCCCGGCGCGAGCAUGAACGCGGCGGCGGCGGCAGCCGUGGCAGCCGCAGCGCGACAUCCGGGCCCGCCGCAACCGAACCAGCCAUUCAAGUUCACGGUUAGCGAGUCCUGCGACAGGAUCAAGGAGGAGUUCAAUUUCCUGCAGGCACAAUAUCACUCGCUGAAGCUAGACUGCGAGAAACUGGCUAACGACAAGAUCGAGAUUCAGCGACACUACGUGAUGUACUACGAGAUGUCAUACGGCCUAAAUGUGGAAAUGCACAAGCAGACGGAGAUAUCUAAAAGGUUGAGCAACAUCAUCACACAAAUCAUACCAUUUCUUUCUCAAGAACAUCAACAACAAGUCGCUGGUGCUUUAGACAGAGCAAAGCAAAUUACGAUGACCGAAUUAAAUACCAUAAUGGGACAGCAGAGGCCAGACAUACCGCGGUUCCUUCAGCAAAUGCACGCUCAGCAAAUACCGCCGGGAGCGGCGAUGGCUCAUCCGGGUUUACCUGGACUUCCCGGAUUGGGGCCAGCUGCCGGUCUUCCGGUACCAACUUCCGCGUCCGCGGCUUUGCUGACUGGUCUCGGACUGACUACUGGACCCCCUGCGGCCCCUGGUACGCCCGCCACCGCGCAUUCUCUGUCGAUGCUCGUCAAGCCUGAAAUCCACCGUGGUCAACCGGACGAUCUGAAGAGCAACGGAGGUCUGAGUUCGACGGAAGAUAGACACCGGGGCUCGAUAUCGCCGGCUGACAAAUACAACCGAGCGCGCACGCCGCAAGAGCCGACUCACCACUCUCAUCACUCGCAGAACCACCACGAUCACCCGUUGCACCCGAUGAAGAAGAUGAAGAAGGAGCUCGAGACGUGUAAGGACACGGUACAUAGUGACGGUGAGAAGAGCGAUCAGGAUUUAGUUGUGGAUGAUGCAAGUGAUGGACCGCCUAGUCCAGUGAUGAAUGGUGUGACGUCGCCUCGUGAAAACGGCCUCGACAAGGCUGUUUCUUCAGUGGUGCCGUCAAUGGGUGCCGCCGGCGUGCAAACCAUUGGAAAGAAGGACAUGGCACCGCAUUCACCCAGAAGCGGCACGAGCAGUAACGCGAGUACGCCAUCGACUAAAAAGAUGGAGGAACGCGAGAAACCAACCACGCCAAUCUCAAAGUCGUUCACACCGACGUCAACAGCGGCGGCAAUCGGCGGUAGUAUAAAAUCGAACUCGGGUAAGCUAUCGCAGGGCCCGCCGAUGCCAUCCGGCUCGGUAGCACCACCUGUGGUAUCUUAUCCGAGCUCUUUGCAUUAUCCACCGCCCGGCCUACCACCGCCGCAUAAUCUCGCGCCAGUAGCGCAUGGUCAACAUCCGCAUGUUGAUGUGAUGGCUGCAUAUAACGGUUACGCGACACCGCGACCGCCCGCUGCAUUGCAACAACUAUAUGAUCCACACGCGGCUCUCAGGACUCCCGUUGGUUCCGUCGGGACACAAGGUGGAAAACCUGCAUACAGCUACCAUGUGUUGAGCGACGGGCAGAUGCAGCCAGUACCAUUCCCGCAGGACGCUCUUAUGGGUCCAGGAAUACCGCGCGUCGCGCGUCAGAUUAGUACCCUCGAUCACGGCGAAGUAGUCUGUGCAGUAACCAUCUCAAACCCAACCAAGUAUGUUUAUACCGGUGGUAAAGGCUGUGUCAAAGUCUGGGAUAUCGGCCAAGCGGGCAUGAAUGAAGUAAAACCUGUUUCGCAACUUGACUGUCUACAACGCGACAAUUACAUCAGGUCGGUAAAGUUACUUCCGGACGGUAGAACAUUAAUAGUCGGCGGUGAAGCCAGUCAACUCAGCAUCUGGGAUUUGGCUAGUCCGACACCGAGAAUCAAAGCCGAAUUGACGUCCUCAGCACCGGCGUGUUACGCCCUAGCCAUCUCACCGGACUCGAAAGUUUGCUUCAGCUGUUGCAGCGAUGGCAAUAUCGCAGUAUGGGAUUUGCAGAAUCAGACUUUGGUUAGACAAUUCCAAGGUCAUACGGAUGGAGCGUCGUGUAUCGACAUUUCUGCCGAUGGCUCGAAGCUCUGGACAGGAGGUCUCGACAAUACCGUUCGUUCCUGGGAUCUACGGGAAGGCAGACAAUUGCAGCAGCAUGACUUUAGCUCGCAAAUAUUUUCCCUUGGUUUUUGCCCCACUGGUGAAUGGUUGGCAGUCGGAAUGGAGAAUUCGAAUGUCGAAGUAUUACACGCCACGAAAACAGACAAGUAUCAGCUGCACUUGCACGAAUCUUGUGUAUUGUCGCUGAGGUUUGCCUCAUGUGGUAAAUGGUUCGUUUCUACGGGAAAGGAUAAUCUGCUGAACGCUUGGCGAACACCUUAUGGAGCUUCAAUAUUUCAGGCGAAGGAAUCGUCAUCCGUGCUUAGUUGCGAUAUAUCGACGGAUGACAAAUACAUCGUUACUGGUUCCGGUGACAAGAAGGCCACCGUCUACGAAAUUGUGUACGUAUGAGACGUACAAAGUCGUGAUUACCAACUGGCCGUUGCAUGGAAACAGAGCGUUCGCAGACGACUUUUUCAGUACUCGGUGGAUGACGUUACGACGGAUGAUGUGAUACUGCUGUUGGUUCUCUUUGUUAUCACUGUUGUUACUUGCUCGUUGACAAAAAAAGUGAGAUCGUCGACGCAAUGCAGAGCCAAACGGACGAAAGAUACAAGACGGUAUU